CUGCGAGGGUGGGCGGCAGGUGUGGCGCUACCUGGGCGAUGGCGAAGGCGAUGUCGCGGAGCGGCGAGCGCAGACGGCGUUGGAGCAGCACAGCCUCGGGCUGGACACGGGCGCGACGCUGCGGGCGCUGCCGGCGGCCGGCUCGGCCCGGGACGCGGCCCGCAACGGGAUGCGGUUCUACGCGGCGCUGCAGGCCGAGGAUGGGCACUGGGCGGGCGAUUACGGCGGGCCGCUGUUCCUGCUGCCAGGUCUCCUCAUCACCUGCCACACGGCCAAGAUUCAGCUGCCCGAGGGGUUCCGGAAGGAGAUGGUGCGCUACCUGCGCUCUGUGCAGCUCCCGGACGGAGGCUGGGGCUUACACGUGGAAGAUAAAUCAACAGUGUUUGGCACGGCCCUCAACUACGUAGCCUUGAGGAUCCUGGGGCUCGGGCCAGAUGACCCUGACGUUGUGCGGGCCCGUGUCAACCUACACAGCAAAGGAGGUGCUGUGGGAAUCCCUUCCUGGGGCAAGUUUUGGCUGGCUGUCUUGAACGUUUACAGCUGGGAGGGAAUGAACACGCUUCUCCCAGAGAUGUGGCUGCUUCCCACGUGGUUUCCAGCGCAUCCGUCGCGGCUCUGGUGUCACUGCCGCCAGGUUUACCUUCCCAUGAGCUACUGCUAUGCCAAGCGUCUGUCAGCAGAGGAGGACGAGCUCAUACAGAGCUUGAGGCAGGAGCUGUACGUGCAGGACUACGGCAGCAUAGACUGGCCAGCACAGAGGAACAACGUGGCUGCCUGUGACGUGUACACCCCGCACAGCUGGCUGCUGGGUGCUGCCUACGCCAUCAUGAACGUUUAUGAAGCUCACCACAGCGCCCACCUGCGGCAGCGAGCCGUCACCGAGCUGUACGACCACAUCAAGGCUGAUGACAGAUUCACCAAGUGCAUCAGCAUCGGCCCGAUCUCCAAGACAAUCAACAUGCUGGUUCGCUGGUUUGUGGAAGGGAAGGACUCCCCAGCUUUCCAGGAGCAUGUUUCCAGGAUCCCUGACUAUCUCUGGCUGGGCCUCGACGGCAUGAAGAUGCAGGGCACAAACGGAUCCCAGCUCUGGGAUACUGCUUUUGCCAUCCAAGCCUUCCUGGAGGCAGAAGCCCAGGAGAUGCCUGAAUUCACCUCCUGCCUCCAGAAUGCCCAUGGGUUCCUCCAGUUCUCCCAGAUCCCCGAGAACCCACCUGACUACCAGAAAUAUUACCGCCAUAUGAACAAGGGUGGCUUCCCCUUCAGCACGCGGGACUGCGGCUGGAUCGUGGCAGACUGCACAGCAGAGGGGCUGAAGGCAGUAAUGCUGCUGCAGGAGAAGUGUCCCUUCAUAGCCAAGCCUGUGCCUGCUGAGCGCCUCUUUGAUGCUGUGAAUGUGUUGCUGAGCAUGAGGAACCCAGAUGGAGGCUUUGCCACAUAUGAAACCAAGCGAGGAGGCCACUUACUGGAGCUGCUGAACCCCUCAGAGGUGUUUGGUGACAUCAUGAUUGACUACACCUACGUGGAAUGCACAUCAGCUGUCAUGCAGGCACUGAGACACUUCCAGAGCCAGUUCCCUGAGCACCGAGCUGUGGAGAUCAGGGAGACCUUGCAGAAGGGCCUGGAUUUCUGUCGCAAGAAGCAGCGAGCGGAUGGGUCCUGGGAAGGGAGCUGGGGGGUUUGUUUCACCUAUGGCACCUGGUUUGGUCUGGAGGCGUUUGCCAGCAUGCAGCACACAUACCACAACGGGACUGUCUGCCAAGAGGUGGCCCAGGCCUGCCAGUUCCUGAUCUCCAAGCAGAUGGCAGAUGGAGGGUGGGGAGAGGAUUUCGAGUCCUGUGAGCAGCGCACAUACGUGCAGAGUGCUGAGUCACAGAUCCACAACACCUGCUGGGCCCUGCUGGGGCUCAUGGCUGUCAGGUACCCUGACAUCAGUGUGCUGGAAAGGGGCAUUAAAGUGUUGAUGGAUAAGCAGCUGCCCAACGGGGACUGGCCUCAGGAGAACAUCGCAGGGGUGUUCAACAAGUCGUGUGCCAUCAGUUACACCGCGUACCGCAACAUCUUCCCCAUCUGGACGCUGGGGCGGUUCUGCCGCCUGCAUCCCAAGAGCCCCCUGGCUGGGCAGCUGCCAGCCAGAGCCAGCCCCUCGGCUGGGGAAGGCCAGGAGGGGCAGGGAGCCCUGUCUGCCUGAACCUGGGACGCUGCUGGGGAUGCCACGGCCCCGGACUUGUCUUGGAUCUGGAGUCUGCGUGGGGCCGUGGCGGCGUGUGUUGCGUGGGACAGCUCCGUGCUGACCUUAGCAUGUUGACUGCUGCCUCUGCCAGGGAAGGGUGUUGUGCCGGUGCUGCAGAGCCUCUGCUUGCUGUUGAACCUCUUCUAAACAUUCCCUUUCUAAGGUUUUUUCCAGGUAUGUUCUCCAUCCCCAGGUGGGGAGUGAAGUGCCUUUUCAGACCAUUUUGAAGAUCAGAUGGAGCUGCCGAGCUGUGUUGUAUCCACAUUUGGACAGACUCUCAUCCUGGGUUGCAAGGCUGCCUUUAUUGUCACAGGCUGUCUGUCUUUACCAAGAGUGUGGGAUUUGGGGUCUCCCCUGUGCCCACCAUUGGGGCUUGGGGGGCGCUGCACAAUCCCUGCUGAGCUGACCUCUGUACUGUGGGUGCCAGCGAUGGCCUUUGAGUUACUUGCUCUGCUCUGGAGCCCAUGGUGGUGGGGAAGGACACCUGUCCUCCCCUAGAUGUGUGAGAAAAGGAGUGCUUUGCUUAAUUUUCUUAUUCCUUUGCUUAAUUUUCUUAUUGUUCUGUCCCCCAGCUGGUGGCACCUAGCUUCCCCAGGUGAAGUCACCACCAGCCCUUGGAGAAGGGGCAGCUGAAGCAGAAAGCUGUGAGGUGGUUGGCAUCAUGGCACAGCCUGAGCCCCAGAGCUCCAGGCUUCCCCCAACUCAGACCAUGGUGCUGUGGGGCAUUCCCAGGUCAUUGUCAGAGCUGGAAGUCAGAUGGGAUAAUAAAUUGCUAAGGGCGAUGCAAGAGGAACUUCACUGUGUUCUCCUUUCUGUCUGCUAGUGUGUGUCCCAGGCAGAGAGGAGCUGGCACAGCAGCCUCAUGUCCUGUGCCUUGGGUUGCCUGUCCCCAGAUGUAUGAGCAGCAUAUCCACCAAACCAUGCUGGGAGCCUGUGCCUCUUCUAAUGCAUUUAGCCACAGAAAAAUGGAAUCAAGGAAGCAGUUCACUAAAGGGGAAUGAUCACUUCCCUCAUCCUGCUGCUUAUGCUCAUGCAGAUGAGCAAGACAGAAAAACUUAUUUAUUUAAGAAGAUUCAGCUCAGGCUGUCUCAACUCCGCCCUGCUUGCCUUUUCCAAAUUAUGGACAUCUUUACACCUGUUUGUGAUAUUACUCUGCAUUUAAAUUCCUUCUUGCUGAAACUGAAUUAUUCAAAUGUCAUGCAGUGAUGUGUCUUGAGAGGACAUGGCUAUGUGGAUUUCACCUAUUGUUAAAAUCUGCUCCAAGCUGCAAUUUUGGAUUGGGCACAUGCAGAAGAGAUCAAGGAGAUACAGGAUAUAUUCAGUACAAUUCUUGUUUGAUAGAAACUGCUUCUUCCAGGAGUCCUCUGACACUCUUCCCGGGGAUCUUCCAGAGUGCUUUGAUCUCCGAUUUAGGAGAGCCCAAGUGUCAGUCCUAGACUGCUCCCAGGAUGUUACCUGAGGUGAUUUUUCUCCUUUGGAGAAACUCUCAGCUCUGGAAUCUAUUCAAGAUUUAUCCCAGGCAUCUGGAGUCUUUUGAUCUAUGGUUUUGGGACCUGACAUCCUGGGUGGCAGCCCCAGAUUCUUCCAAGAAAACUUUCUGAGAUUAUUUUUCUGUUUUGGUGGAAAUCUGUUUCUGUUUCUCAGGAGUUGCAGCACAUGAAAAGAGAGAUACAAAUGCAGACUGGAUUUUUUACAUGCAGUAAAAAAGAGAUCCAAGAUUUAGCCAUGACCAUGGUGAUCCUAAGCACUGUCUCUUGACAUGAUGCCACUCACUUUGUCCCAUAUGGACUUCCAGUGUCAUGGUACACUUAGGAGAAGGCAAGUGACCCUCAGGGUCUGUACAGGGAUCAAUACUGUGUAAUAUUUUUAUGAAUGACAUGGAGGAAAGGAUCAAGAACACCCUCAGCCAGUUUGCAGAUGACUCCAAGCUGAGGGUGCAGUGCCACACCUGAAGGACUGAAUGAUGCAGAGGGACCUGGACAAGCUCAGCAAGUGGCCCAUGGAAGCCUCAUGAGGUUCAACAAGGCCAAGUGCUGAUGCUGCACCUGGGUGAGGGCAACUCCCAGCAUCAGUCGAGCUUAGGGGAAGAAGGGAUUGAGAGCAGCCCUGCCAAGGAGGGCUGUGGGUACUGCUGGGUGAGAGCUGGACAUACCCAGGCCAUGUGUGCUCACCCCCAGAAACCAAGCCUGUCCUGGGCUGAUCCCACAGUGUGGGCAGAAGGACGGGGGUUCAGGGUGAGACCUGGACACCUGCAAAGCUGUGGGAACAGUUUGUGGUGACUGGGAGUGGGGCUGGGGCCCAGCCUCAUCCCCAAUGGGCACAGCUGUGCGGGGCAGGUGAGCAGCACUGACAGCAAUGAGCCAUAGAAUGCCCAGGGGCACUGAGCAAGCCCCAAAGGGAACAGAGGGCACACAGGUGCAGUGCAUCAACAGGAGGGGAUAAAAGGUUGGGCUGAAGAACAAAAAGGGCAGAUGCUUGCAGCCUGCUGAAGAGGUGAGGUGUUACUUUGUGUGGGUUGAAGCUUUCUGAAAUUGUGUGGUGAUGCUCUGUGUAUGGUGGCUGUCUCAACUGCUGUAUGUGCUGUGAUAUAUGCUGUGACACAGAGCUGCCUCCAGCCCUGGGGCUCAGCACAGGAAGGACAUGGAGCUGUUUGAGCAAAUCCAGAGGAGACCACAGAGAUAUUCCAAGGGCUUGGACCCUCUCCUGUGAGGAAAUGAUGAGAGCUGAGGGUGUUCAGCUUGGAAAAGGAAAGGCUCCAGUGAGACCUUAGAGCCUCUUCCAGUUCCUAAGGGGCUUCCAAGAGAGACUGAGAGGAGCUUUGGAGAAGUGUCUGGAGGGCGAGGACAACAGGGGAACGGCUUCACGCUGCCAGAGGGCAGGGGUAGAUGGGAUAUUAGGAGGAAGUUCUUCCCUAUUAGAGUGCUGAGGCCCUGGCACAGGCUGC